AUUUCGUGCAAGGCCGUAGUUUCUACGUGUAUAAUUGUAUAAAAUACUAGUUUUAAGUAAAUGAAAAAUAUUUUCGUUGUCAAACAUGAGUCUUGUGGCAUAUGACAACAGCGAUGAAAGUUCAGAAGACGAAGGUUAUAACUGCGAAAUGGACAACGUAAAUAACGCUGCUGAAAAAGUUAUAGUAAAACAAACAAAUGAGAAAUUGUGUUUACCUUCUCCAAAACAUGAUGCAGUUGUAACAGAGAUCAAGGACAAUGAUUUUGACAUAGAUGUCCCAUCGGAAAAAAUACAUUUCGAUAAGCUACCUAAACCUAAAAGUUUAAUUACUGAACUUGAGGAUAUUAUAGAAGAGGACGAUAUUCCUUUCCCAAACAGGGAGAAAGAAUUAAAAUCUGAAAACCCAAUCAAAAAGGAUCGUCCACCAGUCAGAAUAACAGUUCCCUCUUUGUCUGAUUUUAAAGACAUUGAAGAAGACAAUGCAAGAAAAUCCAAUAAAAUUAAAUUAUCAAGCAAGGGAACUAAACUCUUUGCACUUUUGCCACCGCCGAAAGGAACUGAAGCAAAGAGUACCAAUAAUUUAAUCCCUCGUGUUAUUAACAAAACAAUAGCAAAAACAGGUAAUAAUACAAAUGCGGGAGGGUCAGAAACAAAGAAAACGGCAAAAGUUGAAACAGUAAAAAGUUCUAUAGGAAUCAGUUAUGAUUCAAACUCUGAAGAUGAAGACGAUGCAAUCGCAAAUGGUGAUACUAAUUCUACUACAGAUUUCUUCGCUCUUACGACUACAGAAAGUGUUUCAAACCGUACGUUAGACCACUUGACGAGCGAUGCACCCCUGAUAGAGAGAACAAAUAACUUUGACUCAGGAAUCAAUAAUGAUUCGAGCAAAGAAGACAACACGCUUGAUACAGCAAUUAAAGAAACAUGUGCCAAUGUUUCUCAAAAGACAUUAGUGAGUACUGUCAUGAACUUACCAAAGGAAGAGAUAUUAUUGAAAAAUAAAGCAGAAGUUGGCCCGAAAUUACCUGUACCCGAACAGGAAUAUAACAUUGAUACAGAAGGAAAUGUGGCCUUCGAUGAUAAAGCUAUUGAAUAUCUUUGCGGGAAAAGAGGAAUAAAGAGGAAAAAUAAAGAAAUUGAGGAAGCAAAUAUUAUCGAAAUUAACGGUGAAGAUAUUAAACCGGAUGAACGGGAAUGGUUGGUAAAAGCGUUAACGGAGGAGCCAGUACAACGACCAGUUUCUAUGCAAGGUGGCGGAGUAAAUUCCCAAUCUAAGAAGAAGCACCAAAUAACGUACUUAGCGCAUCAAGCAAAGGCAAUGGAAAUGGAGUUGAAAAAUCAAUGGGCACAAAAUAGGAUGACUAGAAAACAAACACAGUCAAAAUAUGGAUUUUAAAUAAAAAUUUGUAAAAAAAAAUGUACAAAUAACAUUC